CCAAGUUCUACAAGAAUUGGAGACUUCUUAUCCUUUUGCUACGCAAACAGACACAGCUUAGCCAUGGAGGGUAUGGUUCAAAGUUCAGUGCCUCAAUAUUCGAAGCCAUUCCACAGCUUAACCAGAAGAAACCCAACAGUGGUAACAUCAGUUCGAAUUACAGCAAUACAUAGCGGGAGAAGACUGAGAAUUCCACAACAGACUCACUUAUUUCUGCCUUCCAUUUCCUCUCCAAAGGUCGAAGGUGGAACAGUUUCUUUUGCAACGCCUGAGGUGGGAGUUAGCAAUACUGAAACGCGUGAAUGGGCCAUGCAAGAUUUCUAUACUUUAAGGAAGGAUGUAGAGACCGCCUUAGAGCGCGUUGAAGAGAUUAGAGCUGCUGCUGGUCUGAAGCAACUUCAACAUGAUCUUGCAGCUUUAGAAGCAGCAGCAGCUGAUAGCUCUCUCUGGGAUAAUCGAGCUAAAGCUCAGGAAACACUUCAAGCUUUAACUGAUUGCAAAGACAAAUUAAAGCUUCUCCAUGACUUCAAGACACAGGCUGAUGAUGCAGAAACAAUUAUUAAGCUCACUGAGGAGAUGGAUUCUAUUGACUCAGGGCUUCUUCAGGAGGCUGCUGGUAUCAUAAAGGAAUUGAACAAGGCACUGGAUCGUUAUGAGUUGACUCAACUUCUUUCAGGCCCGUAUGACAAAGAAGCAGCUGUGGUUACUAUCACAGCUGGUGCAGGGGGCACUGAUGCACAGGAUUGGGCUGACAUGCUUCUCAGGAUGUAUGUGAGAUGGGGAGAAAAGCAGCGGUAUAAGACAAAAGUUGUUGAGAAGUCUAUGGGAGAAGAAGCUGGGAUCAAGUCAGCCACUAUUGAAAUUGAAGGACGGUAUGCAUAUGGUUACUUGUCAGGGGAGAAAGGAACUCACAGAAUUGUUCGACAGUCUCCUUUCAACUCUAAAGGCCUUCGUCAGACAAGCUUCUCAGGCAUUGAGAUUAUGCCUCUUCUUCCUGAAGACUCAUUGGAUGUUGAAAUUCCUGAAGAAGACUUGGAUAUCAGCUUUACAAGAGCAGGUGGAAAAGGAGGUCAAAAUGUUAACAAGGUUGAGACUGCAGUUCGCAUCACUCAUAUUCCCACUGGCGUAGCUGUUCGCUGUACAGAGGAGAGGUCACAGCUAGCAAAUAAGAUCAAAGCGUUAAGCCGAUUGAAGGCUAAACUGUUGGUGAUUGCUGAGGAGCAAAGGGCAUCUGAAAUAAAGCAAAUAAGAGGAGAUGCAGUGAAGGCUGAAUGGGGCCAGCAAAUAAGAAACUAUGUCUUUCAUCCUUACAAGCUAGUGAAAGAUGUAAGGACUGGUUAUGAAACUUCUGACAUCACUUCUGUCAUGGAUGGCGACUUAGAUCCUUUUAUUAAGUCCUACCUUAAGCACAAGUACAGUUUGGCAGCAAACACUAGUGUAGUCAAUUGAUUUUUAUUGUACUCUUAAUACAAUAUGUAAAAGAAAAGUUGGAAAGAAAAUUCUGUAAAUUUAACUAGCUAGGCUCUCCCGGGUAGGGGUAAGGCUGCGUACAUCUUGCCUUUCCCAGACCCCACUUGUGGGAAUACUGGGUUUGUUGUUGUUGUAACUAGCUAGGCUCCAAAUGCUACAUGAUCUUUUUUUUUCUUUUUCCUAUUUUGGUUUCAAAAGAAGAUCCUUUAUGGUAUAUUAUAGCUUAUAUUGGUGUA